AAUGAGACGAGAGGUUUAUUCCGUAGGUCUGUUCCCACCCUGAGUGGCCUGUUAUUUUUAUUUUUAUUUUUUUAGGCAGCAGGUGUAACCUCGGUGUCACGUCAUUCUGACGUCAUGAACAUGUACGCUGUGCCCAGUCCGGGAAUACCAGGCUGCCCGCCAGGGCUGGAGUACCUGACACAGGUGGACCAGCUACUCAUCAAGCAGAAGGUGGAGCUCGUUGAAGCCCUGGUCGGUUUCGAGAGCAACAAUAAGUACGAGGUGCGAAACGUCAUGGGCCAGAACGUGUUCUACGCCGUGGAGGAGAACGACUGCCUGAGCCGACAGUGCUGCGGUCCCCUGCGCUCCUUCAACAUCCACAUCCUGGACAACUUCGGCCAGGAGGUCAUCUCCAUCACCAGGCCGCUCAAGUGCAUGUCCUGCUUCUUCCCCUGUUGCCUACAAGAGCUGGAGGUGCAGGCUCCCCCCGGCAACACAGUGGGCUACGUGAUACAGCAGUGGCACCCGUUCUCUCCUAAAUUUAUCAUCGCAAAUGAGCACAACGAGCCUGUGCUGAGGAUCCACGGGCCUUUCUGCGGAUGGAGCUGCCUUCCAGAUGUUGACUUCGAGAUUUUGACAGUGGAUGAAGUCAGUAAGAUCGGGAAGAUCAGUAAGCAGUGGUCGGGACUGCUGCGGGAGGCGUUCACCGACUCGGACAACUUCGGGAUCCAGUUUCCCAUGGACCUGGACGUGAGGAUGAAGGCUGUGAUGAUCGGGGCCUGCUUUCUCAUUGAUUUCAUGUUCUUUGAGGCGACCAACUAGAAGACGAGCUGCAUUUCCACGCAACAUUCCCGGAGGAACAAGGCCGCAAAGCCAUGAUGAUCAGUCCAAAAAGCCCUGAGAUCGAACAACCAUCACACGGUCGGAUAGUUUAAACAGAGUGCAAAUAUGUAUCCAAACCUUAUAAUAAUGCAUGAACAAUGAUGUAGAAGGUUUGAUUUAGUCGUAGCUGCUCAGGUCGGUGGUAAAGUUGUUACUGGGUUGUAAGUGCACAAUACACAGUAUUUUCUUUCUUUCUUUCUUUAUAUUUAUUUAUUUAUUCAAAACAACAAUUGUGUUAAUUUAAUGAAAACAAUGUUUUCUCGUCUGAGCCAGUUCCUAAAUUAUUAGCAGGAAUGAAAACAUCUAUAUGCAAGUGAAUAAAAAGGGAAAAUAUGUUUUAUUGUAGAUGGUUUGCAAAGGGGGCGUGUCCUCAGUAGUUGAUUAUAUAGAGAUAUAAAUUUAUAUGAACGAUAAUGUUUGUAACUAUAUUGUAUAACUAAGUUGAACUGAAAAGUUCAUGCAAUGUAGUAAUUAUUAACCCCACAUCUCAAUCCCCUCUUUGAUAGAUGUACAUCUUGAUCAGUUUAAUACGGUGGCAGUCAGGAUCAAUGUGUGCACUGCCUCGUGCAUCUGCUUGGGUGUCUGUGCUGUGACUAAAGCCGUAUGUUUAACUUAUUUUAUCGUUUUUUUGGAUGCAAACUAUAUUUUUAUUGCUGAAGUAAUUUGACCUUGUACAUGUGUUUGUUAUGUUUUAAUCCUUUUUCAGUAGAUGUUGCUGCAGAGCUUGAUGUCAUCUCAGCCUUGUCCACAAGAGGGAGCUAAAUAUUUACUUAUUAUCAGUUCAUAGUCCAACUGAACAGUCUCGAUGUCUGCUUAGGCCAUAUUGUUGUAUUCAGAUCGUGUCUGAUGGCAUUUUAUACUUUUGGAUAAACUCAGGUUGAAAAUACAUGGCAUUAUAGGGUUCACUACUGCUGCUUCUGGGUAUAACACAUCUGAUCUGAUACUACAAAUCUGAAUUUUAGUCUUCUGGAGAGCGUUUUGUACAUGAAAUGUGACAUUACAGAUGUGACAUUUCUGCAUCCAUCUAAAUUAAAGAAAGGUGGCACACUGGGAUUCAAAGUAAAUUAGGAUUUCAAGUAUGAUCACAGUUUCCAUCUAAGCCAUUGUCCACCGUAUGGCCUGCAGAGUAACUAGGAUUGAUGUUGUAAAAGAAAAGUGAUUUAUGAGCGUAAAUGCCAGUAAGUGUUUUAUUAGCAGUGACGUAAUUGCGUUUUUUUUCUAUUUAUUUGUUCUCUGUUACUCUGCAAACCUAGAAAAAAAGUUCAUCUUAGGACAUUUUCUAACAUAUGAACUCCUAAAAGCCUGAAGAGUUUUAUUUUUGUAAAAAUGUCUUCAUACUGCCAGUUGCUUGUGCAAACGAGAUCUUUCGUUUCAACAGUGAUUCAUUCUGCCUUCAGUGUACUGACACUUGUUUGCAAAUUACCUUAAGUGGAUUUAUCUUCUUGAAUGAGCAGAAUUUUUUUUUUUUAACCCUUGACUUUGACACUGACAAUAUGCUCAAGUUCUUGUUGGGAAUUUUUUCUUCUUCUUUUAUGCCUGUUGGUUUUUUUAUGGCAUAUUGUAAUGAAACUACUCAGUUUUACUUCUUUUUUUGUCAGUAGCCUGAUCAUAUGGCACAUUUUCACUUGUUAGUAUCCAGUACAGGAUGUUAAUAUGCUCCUUUGUUGUGUUUAAAAGCCAAAAAUUAAAAUCAGAAUGUGAUAUGAUGCUGGUUUUGUUAUUUCCAGUCAGACACAGCUCUUAAUCUUCUACUUUUGCACUAAUGCUGUGAAUGAUCUUUUCAGUCAAGCAAUUAAAUGGAAACUCAGCUUAGCUUAAACUGUGCUAAUAGUCCAUGGAAAAACUGAAAUAAAAAAUCUA